GUCUGAUAAACUUGAAAACAUGAAGCAUAUGAAAGACAGACCCAAGAUGCAUACGAUGUUGGGCUUCAAAAGCCUUAUCAGUAAACUCAAGCUUUUCAGCCGGUAUUCGAACCCUCGUCUGUUCCGGGACAUGGUACUAUUAUUAACCACUAGACCACUGCUGCUUCUUUAGGCUCAAAUAAUACUAGUUUUUUAUUUUCUUUAUCGUUAGACGUUCAUCAAAGUUAUGUCUUCAUCAGAUUUGGAAAGGAAUUAAUCGGAAAGUCACCGAAAUUUAGAGAGAAAUUUACCGAAACAAGCAUCGCACAAUUUCAUGAUUGAGUAGAGAGAGUGGCUUCGUGAAAUUUGAAACGAAACCCUAGAGAUUGCGUUCGUAUUCCUUCGCGUAAAACCCCCAAAAUUGGGGAAAGCUGAUGAGCGAUGAGGAAAGAGGAGAUUCCAGAUAAAAGUCGGGCUUUCCCGGUCGAUCCCAAUCUUCCGAAAUGGGUCUGCCAGAAAUGUCACCACUCCCUUACCAUCGUCGGCGUCGAUUCCUACGCCGGAAAGUUCUUCAAUGAUUCCCCUCAUUCCGUCCUUUUCGAAUUAGGACUUGGUUCAGUUCUAUUGUCAGAUGAUAUGCUUUUUACUAAUGACUUGUUGAAUGUAAAUGUUUACAUCCAAGCAGUGCAAGGCUCCUCCAUCCAUGGAGCCAACAGUGUUCUCGGUUCAACACGCAUGGACAACUCUUUUGUUGUUUUACCACGACACAAGCCUCAAGCUCAGGGCAUUCCUCCACGUCCCCGUGGGGCUUCUCCUCAGCCUACUGAUGCAGGCCCAUCUGGGAAGGCGAUGGAAGAGUCGUUUGUAGUCGUGUACAAGUCUGAGUCAGCUUCUGAUUCAGGCACUUCUCAGAAUACGUCGCCUGAAGUGGGCCAAAAUGGUCCUUUGCAUUCAAAUAAUUCAGGCUUCAAUGCGACCAUUAACGUUUUAACACGCGCUUUCGAUCUUGCCAGGACUCAGACGCAGGUUGAACAGCCAUUGUGCCUAGAGUGCAUGAGGGUAUUGUCUGAUAAACUUGAAAAAGAAGUGGAGGAUGUGACGAGGGACGUGGAAGCAUACGAAGCAUGCGUUCAGCGGUUAGAAGGACAGACCCAAGAUGCUCUUAGUGAAGCUGAUUUUCUCAAGGAAAAAAAGAAGAUUGAGGAAGAAGAAAGAAAACUUGUCGCAGCUAUAGAAGAAACAGAGAAACAAAAUGCUGAGGUGAACCAUCAACUGAAGGAGCUCGAGUCAAAGGGAAAUCGCUUUAAUGAGCUAGAAGAUCGGUAUUGGCAAGAGUUCAACAAUUUUCAAUUUCAACUAGUAGCCCAUCAGGAAGAGAGGGAUGCAAUCUUGGCAAAGAUUGAAGUUUCACAAGCACAUUUAGAGCUAUUGAAUAAGACAAACGUGCUGAUUGAUGCCUUUCCCAUACGACAUGAUGGAGAUUUUGGUACAAUAAACAAUUUCCGACUUGGAAGACUCCCUAAAGUACCGGUUGAGUGGGAUGAGAUAAAUGCUGCUUGGGGACAAGCCUGUCUUCUCCUCCACACGAUGUGUAACUAUUUCCGGCCAAAGUUUCAAUGUCGAGUUAAAAUACAGCCAAUGGGAAGUUAUCCUAGAAUUGUGGACAGCACCAACAACACUUAUGAGCUGUUUGGUCCUGUGAACUUGUUUUGGAGCACUCGGUACGAUAAAGCCAUGACAUUGUACUUGAUUUGUCUUAAAGACUUUGCCGAUUUCGCUAACUCAAAGGAUCAAGAGAACAACAUUCCACUAGAGAAAUGCCUCAAACUUCCAUUCAAGAUUGAAAAUGACAAAGUGGAGACAUAUUCGAUAACGCAGAGCUUCAACAAGCAAGAGAAUUGGACCAAAGCACUGAAGUAUACUCUAUGCAACCUUAAGUGGGCUCUCUACUGGUUCGUUGGGAACACUAAUUUCCAGCCUCUCUCUGCAACGGUUUCUUUGCCUUCGGAUGUUUCCGCAGCUGGUUCGUUAUACGCUAAGCGUGGUCCCCAAGGAAUUCGUGAGAGAUCGAAAUGAAUCAUCAUCCACUUGUGUGAAUAGUUUUAAGCAUUUAUUGAUUAGUUAUAACAUGGAAUAAUAACAACACUCCUUGCUUAUAUAUAAACUUAUUUGUACAGAUUCUCUUCUUUUUUCCUUUUGUGUGUAUUAUUAUAUAACCCUUUUAGUUCCCUAGUUUCUUUCUUAGCUUUGUGUGUCUUUCCGAUUUCAGACUACAGAUAGGAGUUGAAAUGAAAUUUAGAACCAUCAUAAACAUUUCAG